AGGAAAACCUCAAAAACGCACCCCAGAGCGCAGUGAAACCUGUGGGCGCUGGGAGAGGGCCGAGCGCCGAGCAAUGGGCGUUCUGCUCCGCCCGGGACGUGGUGCAGCAGUGGCUCAGGUUACAAGGCUGGCGUGGUGCCCGCAGCGGGCGGCACAGCGACACACGUGUCCCCUCUCCCUGCACGUCCUACAGCGCAGGGACACCCCUCGGCAGUGCCAACAGGGGACCCUUGGGAGCCGUCCGAGUUUCCUUGGUGACUGUUGCCAGGUGAGAAACUCUAAGGCAGAAUUUCUUAUCUUGGUGGAGAACGGGAGAUGUUCCUCACUGGGGCUGUUACUGGACCCAGAGCUGGCUCUGCGCUGGGCCGGACACCCCGCUGACAGCAGUGACUGUGGUGACAGCAGGGUCCCCGAGGACAGGCUGUGCCCAGGGUGCUGGGGCUGCACGGCCUCUGGCAUCGCUGCCUGGAGGGCAGCACGUGGCGUGGGGCUAUUUCUGCCCUUUGGAGAGCAGCAGGCGAGGGAAGGAGGUGACACCGCAGGGACCACAGAGAAGUGUGGAGGGACGCGGGCUGCGCUGUCACGGCUUCAUAGACUCCCCAGCCACCGUGUGCCUGGAUUGAGUAAUCUGGCAGGCAGUACAUGCCUGGGGAGCCAGCUCGCGAGCACCAGUGGCUGUCUCUGCUCACACCACGGUACACAGGGGGCGGGCAGAGCGCCGGCCCAGCACUGGGCGCUCCACGGCCACCAAUGUCAGGUAACCCAGCCAGCCUUACUCUUCCCCAUCCCUCUGAGAAGCACCCUGCUAUCUCUGGUCUUCACCCGCCUCCCCCUUGGAUGCUUGCAGGAGCCACAUCUCCUCUGUCACAUCCGACCCACGUCCGGUCCCUCCCAGCCACCCGUGGGGUGCCCCUGGCUGUGGGGCAGGGCUGCCCUCCCUCCUGGCACCUCUGCCCUUGGAGACUCCCCAUGCUGCUGCACCCCGGGGUCGUGGUGGAGGGGGGUGGUCCAGGUCGGGGGAGAGCCAAGAUACUCAGGGCACGCAGAAGGCUGGUGAGGAUGGGGCAGCGG